AACACCUGCACUAAUCAAAUGCAUUAGAGAAUGAUAUGUUGCUGUAAACACACAUUUCUCACAUAAACUUACUAUCCAGUUUUAAGGGGAGUAUUUAAACAAAUUUAUUCCUGUUCAUUACCGGAAAGCCUGAAUUGUUUUAAUAGCGAAAUGAAUUCGUUAAUUAAAAUGUUUUUAAUGAUUUUUGUCAUCGCUGUUUGCUUCAUAUCAUGUAAUGGUGAUGGAAGAUAUAAUGACGGGGGUAAUCAAGGAUACAGGAAUCAAGACGGAGGUAAUCAAGUGUACAGGAAUCAAGACGGACGUAAUCAAGGUUACAGGAAUCAAGACAGACGAAAUCAAGGUUACAGGGAUCAAGACGGAUAUAAUCAAGGCCCCAGAUAUCGAGACGGAGGUAAUAAAGGCUACAGGAAUCAAGACGGAGAUAAUCAAAGCCGCAUGAAUCAAGGUGGGCGUAAUCAAGGUUACAGAAAUCAAGUCGGGGCUAAUCAAGGCAGCAGGAAUCAAGACGGGGACAGUCAAAGUUACAGAAAUCAAGCUAAUCAAGGAGGAAAUCAACCCCAAAAUAGUGGUCAAGGUGCCGUCAACAACAACUAUGGUUCGGGAGACAUAAAUAAUAACCAAGAAAUCAACAAUAUCCAAGCAGAUGUCCAUGAAAUCAAUAUGAAUAUGAAUAUGAAUACAAAUCCCUUGUGAAUAUUCACGAAAUAAGUCAAUAAAAAGUAAUGAAAUAA